GACUAAACUGUAUCAUUUUAUAUCAAAAGAAACAGGCAACGAAAUGCUCAGGUUGUUGAGGUAAGCACAUCCAAUGAAGAAUGCUUGAUGAAAUGGAAGGUCAGUCUCCAUCUCGGAUACGGAGUUUCAAAACGAGCCUAAACUCCGCUUGAUAAUUGAAAAGACCUCAAAUCGAUGUGUUAUUGUUCGAAUAUUCAACAACUUCUCAUUCCAAGCAACUCCAAUAUCUUCUUCUCAAUCUCCGUACGAUAGGAGACAUCAGUUAUCAAAUUCCGAAACCAUUUCUCUUCCCCAUCUUUGUACGUUCGUGUAUACUUCACUCGCCCUCCUAAUUGGUGCAACGACUUGCCGGUUCGUAGUGCUCAGAAAAUGGAGGCGUCUCCUGUGCAGAACAGUGUCACGCCGAAGAUAUCGAGACAUGGAAAAUCUUGUGUCAAUUGUGCGAAAGCCAAGGUUAAAUGCGUAGAAAAGAAUGGUGUUGCUUCUUGUGAAAGAUGCCAUCGACUCGCGAAGGAUUGCCAACCGAUCACCAGAACAAAGAGGCGGAAGCCGGCGAAGAAAACCGCAGCUGCGAGAACUGCCGAGCUCGAGCAGAAGCUUGAUGGGCUAGUUUCAUUAUUGACUGCAGCCACUCAAGAUCAGAAUACUCCCCAUUCUUCAACGGUCUCAAAUCAUAGUGUGUCAUCGGACCCUAGGAGUGAAACUCAAUGUUUCGAGUAUCAGACUGGAUCAAAUGUUGGUAAUCCGCCUGUAAGAGGACUUGCAGCGCUCGACAUAAAACUUUCCACCAAUAGCUCUUACAGUUUGAAUUCUAUCCCCGUUGAUCCGCCUCUACCAGGGCCAGCGAGUGAAAGACCUCUUCGUGAUACUAGUGGUGAUUAUUGCGCUACCGAUAUACCAACGGCAAUACCACCCGUGUCUCUAAUUCCAUCUGGCCUAGAAUUGUCUCCGGCAGAAGAAGAGAAUGCACUACAUUGCUUUCGAACUAAUUCGAUAAAAUACCUUCCAUUCAUGGUCAUAUCAUCAGAUACAAAUGUCCUCGAAUUCAAGAAAGAAAAUCCAUUUUGGUGGCUGGCUAUUGUAAUGGCUACAACAAAGAGGACCUCAAAACAAAUAGCAUUGGGGAUGCAUAUUCGUCAGCUUUUAGGUCAAAAACUGCUCAUUUCCGGCGAGCGCAAUCUUGAUCUUCUGUGGGGAUUAUUAACUUAUAUUGCAUGGAGCCAGUGUCAUUACCAACAGAGACCAGUAUGGAGUAGUAUGAUUCAGCUUGCUAUAGGAAUAGUAUUUGAUCUCGGAUUAAACAAAACUCCACCGAAAGAGGCACCUUAUUUGCUCUUGAACUUCGAUGCCCGAGGAUGUCCGAAACCGUUUAUACAUGUUGUUGGAUCGCAACAAGAAAAAAGAGCUUUACUUUGCUUAUACUCUCUAAGCUCCAGCUUUUCGUUAUAUGUCCAAAAGAUUGAGACUCUUCGAUGGACACCGUACGCAGACGAAUGUUUGAAGACACUCUCGGAAAAUCCUGAGUCUCUCCACGAUAUUUUAAUGACUCAGAUUGUCCGCUUGCAACUUAUUCAGGAGCGUGUGAAGGACUCUCCGUGGUACGACACAACAGGCGAUGGGAGUACUGCUUUCAAAGCACCUACUAUUUUCUAUCUAAAGGCCUUGAAAAAUCAAAUGGAAACUUUCAGACAACAAAUUCCGAAUGAAGUUCGAGAAAACUGUACUUUUCUGAUGCAUCUUUACAAUACUGAACUAACGAUCCACGAAGUCACUCUCUCCAAAGAGUACCUUGCUGACAUUCCGGAUUCCCAACGCUUGGAAUCCCUUUGCAUUUGUUUUCAAUCUGUAAAAUCAUGGUUUGAACUUUAUUUUUCAACGCCAUGUAGGGAUCACACAUCAUUUACUUUCCCAAUCUACACACAUAUGGCGCAUUGCAUGGUGGCUCUCUAUCGUCUAUCAGUAUUCGAAGAUCCACAAUGGGAUAUCCAACUUGUGCGUCAACAACUCGAUCUCUCGCUCAUUCUAGGUCAAAUUAUAAAGACAUGGGAAAAUGUCAAAGUUGAAGCUGGACUGGAUGCUGGAUUGGCUAAGGUAGAAGAUGCUGAUAUUUAUACUUCUAAUUCGAAGAGAAUCGGAUUGGUCAAGACUUGGUGGGAUGCCAAAGUAGCAGGGGAAGCUUCGAGUAAUGCGUCAAGUAACAAGUUUGCAAAUGCAAAUGCAAAUGGGAGUGAGAACGGAAACGGAAAUAUGGGUACGGAACCCAUAUCUCACACUCAAGGUCAAACACUCGAGCCCCCAACAUUCAAUAUGGACAUGGGACAGGACCUGUGGGAUGAUGGAUGGUGGCAGGAUGUUUUUGGUACCUGGGGGAAUCAGUUUGAUAUUAUGAGUGCACCGGCUCCAGUCCAAUUUUAGACAUGACGCCGAGGAUAGCGAAUUAUUUUUAGACGUUCCAGGAAUUUUGAAAGCAAAGGGUAGGUACAUGUAAUAUAGAAUAGCAUUUGAACGAAGUCCAAAAACUGGACUAGAGGGAUCGAGCUUCUCAUCUCAACCUGCAUGUACUUUGUAAUAUCUAGAUAAAAAAAAAACCAUCAACAAAAUAUCUCGAGAGAACA